CUUCUCAGAUUUCUACGCCAUAACGGGGUAUGUGGAGGCCUCGUCAAAAGCUAUCAUCCUAUUGUUCCUUCUUUUAAACCAGAAUCUCAAGCUAUUCUGUACAUUGGACAAUGGUCUAACAAAUCAAGCUUCGCUUAUUUUGCUUAGAACUCCUUUUUAUCAUAGCCGACCGAUUGGUUUCUAUCGUUUUUUGGAUUGAUUAUUUAGAGGGGAACAAUGGAAUCUAUCCGUCCUCAGCGACUUCAACCAGGGAUAGGAUUUGGGGUUGGAUCAACUGGGACUAUGCGUUCUUCUCUCCGACCAGGGGUAACAAUACAACCAGUACCUCUACUGCCGUCUCCGGCCUCAAUGUAUGCUUCCUCCGGCCCACCACCACCUCUUCAACUACACAGCUUCCAUGGAACUAUUGGUGCGGGACUUGGAGCCGGAGUGUCUGGUUUCGGGCUAUGCAAUCCAGGGAACCCUACAGUGUUGAAGGAGGCAGUGGAGGCUGUGGUUCGAAGUUUUGCGAAGCAUACCCAGGGCUAUGGCAGAGUUAACGUGGUGGAAGCCCUGCAAGAAUUUUGGCAAAUGAAACAGUCGAGAGGGGCUGACCUCAGGAAUGGAGCGCUGGUAGUCUACGAGAUGACGCCGUCGAACAACCCCCCUUAUGUCUGUUAUGUUAGUCUACCCGGAGGAAGUUGCUUUGGAAGCUUCCAGUUAUGUCCAACCAAGGCCGAGGCAAGACGCAGCGCUGCCAAGAUUGCUCUGAUGAACUCUGUUUUCAAUGAGCAUCCCUCUCGAAGGAUAACAGACGAGUUCAUUGAAAAAAGUGUUUGUGAGGCACUGGCUUCUUUCAAUGGAAACAGAGAAGAGGCAGACAACCCCAACACAGGAAUUGGGGCAUUUCGCUUCAUGCUCGAGUCCAACAAAGGAAAGUCCAUGCUUGAGUUUCAGGAACUGAUGACAGUUUUCCAGUUGCUUCAUUGGAAUGGAAGCCUGAAGGCAAUGAGAGAGAGACAAUGUUCCCGUCAGGAAGUGCUGGCUCACUAUUCCCACCGGGCACUGGACGAUGACAUGCGCACCCAAAUGGCUGCGGAUUGGGUGAAUCGGGAGCAGGGAGUGGCUGGCACCAUUGCCCAGGAGCUGGCUUCUACAGAACAAGAACUAGAAGAGGCCAGACUGGCAGGCCGAGAAUUGCGUUUCCAUAAGGAGAAGAAAGACAUCCUUAUGCUAGCAGUGGGUCAACUUGGCACUGCCACACUACCCUUAAACUGCUAAGUUAAAGCCAGAUGCUAAAGCAGUUAUUUACAUCAUUCAAUCAAUUCAAUCAUUACUUAGGCAAGAUUACCAUUGCUUCCAUCAUUAUACCACAAAACAAGUACACCCAAACAGAAACAAAUGGGAAGAAUGGAAAGGGAGUUUAGAUUUGUUGUUGCGUAUUUUCUAUUCCCAUAUUUUGCCUUUACUGAUGAAUGUAUCAGAAAUAUCAGUGUGCUGCCAAACACAUGUUGUUAAUGUGUCUGCAUAGCAGCUUAAUCCAUUAUUUUUUCAAUUCAUGCUCAUGCAUAAUGAGCAAGCCUGAGACUGUUAACAACCAAUCCUCAUUUCUCCGUACUGCCAUUCUGAACAUAUUUUAUGCAUAGCUGGACAAUGCAGUCAUUCAGUCAUUUGGCUAGAUUUGAUGAAAACAUGCUAUGAAAUUGGCCAGGACAGUUGCUUGACCUUUCAAAUGUAUGGACCAAUGGUAAUAUUGGUGGGAAUCUUCCCUUCUUUUUGAUAUUACAUCUUGUGCAAGAAUUUUCCCUAUGAAUACAUCAGAGACCUUUUCUAUGGUGUCUGGAAGGUCGGACAAGUUAGUCAAAUGUAUUUAAUCAAAGUAGUUUGAAACAUUAUUUGAUCAUCAACAAAGUUGAGCAUUAAUUGAAGCCAUCACCAAAGGGAUAUAUCACGUUUUUGAAGCCCAGUAUCAAAUUACAGAAUACAGUAUAUAUAUAUAUAUAGUUAGUUAUAUAGCAUUACAAAUGUACCUGAACCUUUAUAUGUCUUAGUAUUGCUACAAUGCCCUGACAGACUGAUGCUGUUGUAGUGUAAUGGUGAGAAAAGUGAACAAUUUAAGAUGUUUUGGACACAAUGUUUUCAUUAACCAUACUUUCCACUUGCAAGGGGGAAAAUACUUACUGAAACUAAUCAGAUUUAUUUCGUAAGCCUACUGUCAUAAAACUCUGCAUCCUUCUACACUUCUACACGCAAAAGUGCAAAACAUUGCUCAAAAAUUACAAUCUUGAAGACACCAUAUAAUUGGUUUGGAACUACCAAAGUGAUACAUGAAAAUGUUAAAUUUAAAUAUGUUUUUACGAAGGAAUAAUUAUAUGCUUAUUUUACAGACAAUAGCCACAACUCAAUACAUUUUAUUGAAGCCAUAUAAUUGUCUUUCAUUCCAUUAAGUGUUUGCUAUUUUCUGUCAGUGUGAUAACCAUGAUAAGAAUACAGGCUAUUUUGAGUUUAUCGUUAGUUCCAAUGUAGUAAUACAGUCUGUUUAUAUAGUUUUCCAGUCCAAAAUAGCACCAUUUAUCAUCUGUUGUAAGUAGAUUGUUUCAUAACUUGGAGGACAUAUCCAAGUUACCUUGCUUAAAAAAAGCCUUCAUUUUUUUUGUAAACAAACAAAAAAACACUUCUUUAUGACUUUUAACUUUUUAACUGAGCAUGAAUUUGAAAUUGUUUAUCUACUUAUUUUAUACAGAGUGGCAUGUUUUUAUUACUGUUUUCAACAAUUUGUACCUGAAUUUAUAUACAGUUAAUAAAAAUGUUCUGAAACAAUUUUAAAUUUGA